CAGCGCCAGGGCCGAGGGGACGAUGGAGAAUUUCACGGCGCUGUUCGGAGCUCAAGCCGACCCCCCACCGCCUCCCACGGCGCUCGGCUUCGGACCUGGGAAGCCUCCACCCCCGCCUCCUCCUCCUCCGGGUGGAGGUCCUGGGGCGGCCCCGCCCCCAGCCGCGACUGCGGCCCCUCCGGGAGCUGAUAAAUCUGCGGCUGGUUGUGGCCCUUUCUACCUCAUGCGGGAACUGCCAGGUAGCACAGAGUUGACAGGCAGUACCAACCUGAUCACACACUACAAACUGGAACAUGACUAUAAUAAGUUCUGCGGAAAGAAGGUGAAGGAGAAGCUAAGUAACUUUCUGCCUGACCUGCCAGGGAUGAUUGAUCUGCCUGGUUCCCAUGAUAACAGCAGCCUCCGCUCCCUCAUUGAGAAGCCUCCUAUUCUUGGUGGUUCUUUUAAUCCUAUCACAGGGACCAUGCUGUCUGGCUUCCGCCUCCACACUGGCCCGUUGCCAGAACAGUGUCGUCUGAUGCAUAUUCAGCCUCCCAAGAAGAAUAAGCAUAAGCACAAACAGAGCCGUACCCAGGAUCCUGUCCCCCCAGAAACACCAUCAGAUUCGGAUCACAAGAAGAAGAAAAAGAAAAAAGAGGAGGAUCCUGAACGGAAGAAGAAGAAGAAAGAGAAGAAGAAAAAGAAGAACCGACACAGUCCAGACCACCCAGGUAUGGGCAGCUCCCAGGCCAGCAGCAGUAGCAGUCUCCGCUAACAGAACCACUGGACUUUGCCAGGAUGACUUUUCCUGCUGUACUGAACCUGCUGACAAAAGCUGUCUCCCAGGCUCUGGGACACUGCCUUGGGGGCAACCUAGCAGCUGGGACAGAGCUCUGCCAGCUCCUGCUGUGCUUGAUUGAGGUCAAGAUCAAUACAUACUAGAAGGCAAUGGUUUUGAAAGGCUCAGCCAGUUGGCUUUCUCAUGGACAUUUUUUUCCUCUCCCAGGAAGCUAUUUCUUUCCUCUUUUGUGCUAUUUGUCUGAUUUCAGGACUUGUUAGGGAUUUUCGUUGAAAAAAAAUUUUUUUUUGUAUUUAUCAAACUGGCUGAAGUGUGGCUGCCUGUUAAGAGGUAAGUGCCUUUCUAUGUGAGUCAGGGUUAAGACAAAGCAUUGCUAACUUGAUUUGGGUCUUGUCACUACAGUAUCUCAUUAGCAGGCAGGGAAGCAACCAAGUGAGACUGGAGACAUGGUUCCAAAGGCAGAGCUUGACAUUACUUUUCCAAGCAGACACAUAACACACUGCCCACGUUGAGAGCCAGGCACCUGGAUGAUUUCCAGGGUCCACCCCUGAAGAGCUGAUCCAGUGAAGGUUGAGUUGUGUUCUAGGUAAACUGUGUUGAAGCAGAAUAGUCAAAUGAAAAAGCACCAACUUACCAGUGUUUAUCAACAAGAUUGGUUCUUAGGUCAGAAGCCUAAGACUGGAUUGAACCUCUGGCAACCAAAGAUAAAUGCUCUUGUCUUUGUAAAGAACAUCUAACCUGCCUUAUUCUUUAAUUCAGACAAUGAAAAUACUUAAGGUUGUGAAAGUGUUUCUAAUCUUCUAAGACAGCAUCAAAAGCAGCAGCCUGAGGUAGCAAUGAAAAUGUAAAAUAGAUUCCUUUAGUUUUUGGAGCAGGCUGAGUAGCAGAAAACAUACGCAGGGAAACAUGAAGUAAUGUAAUCUGACUUUAAAUUUUCUACAGGACUGUUAAUACCUGUUGCUAUGUGCUAUGGCUUUUCCCAAGUACAUGGGCAGAAAGCCACUUGUUCAGCUCCUUUUAAUCGAGGACUUCAGAGUAUGAGUUUAUACUUUAGCUCUAUGGAAUAUGAAGGGUUCCUGAGAUUGUGUUUCUGAGGAUGCCUAUUUAAAUAAGGGUACAAACCUUUGCUUUUAACAAAUAGAAGAGUGCUGCCCAUAGCCAGUCAUCCUUGGCUAUACCCAAAAGGAGCCUUACUUUGUGGAGACAAAAUUAAUGAACAAUUGAAACAAGUUUAAAGUUCUCUAUGCUUUGACAUGUUUUCAUGGUUAUAAAACAUUCAGGAAUUUCUUAAUUAAAUUACUCAAGUUAAAACAA